AUGUCGUCGCGCAAGAAGAUCCUGCUCAAGGUUAUUAUCCUGGGAGAUAGCGGAGUCGGCAAGACCAGCUUAAUGAACCAAUAUGUCAACAAAAAAUUCAGCGCCUCGUACAAAGCCACCAUCGGCGCCGACUUCCUCACAAAAGAAGUCCUCGUCGACGACCGUCUCGUCACAAUGCAACUCUGGGACACGGCCGGGCAAGAACGCUUCCAAUCCCUCGGCGUAGCCUUUUACCGCGGAGCCGACUGCUGCGUCUUGGUGUACGACGUCAACAACUCCAAAUCCUUCGACACGUUGGAUUCCUGGAGAGAUGAAUUCCUAAUCCAGGCGAGUCCGAUGGACCCGGAGAGUUUCCCGUUUGUGGUGCUGGGGAACAAGGUGGAUGUGGAGGAGAGCAAGAGAAUGAUCAGUUCGAAGCGGGCAAUGGCAUUUUGUCAGGCAAAGGGCGGGAUACCGUAUUUUGAGACGAGUGCGAAGGAGGCCGUGAAUGUUGAGCAGGYGUUUGAGGUCAUCGCGCGGAAUGCCCUCGCGCAAGAGGAGAGCCAGGACUUUGAUCCGGAUUUCCCUCCUACGAUUCCCAUCAACAUUGGAGAGAAUGAGCAGGGCUGCUCUUGCUAG